CCCUGUUUGCCUUUCAGGUGACACACACAAUCAGUAGGAUCAGUGCGAAGCUGUUUGCCUUUCGAUCGACGUCCAAGGCCGAACCACCUCCAUCCCAGCACCGCUGACCUUUGUUUCGACCCCGGUGACCUCAGUUCUACCACCAAAGGCUUUUCACUCCAUCUGAGGGCACACAUCUGGAUCAAGAUAAUGUUUAAGAAAUUGAAAGAGAAGGUCAAGGGCGAUGAUCGUAGAUCUCAAAGUCACCCUGAGAGUGGACCGCCGCAACAACAACUGCAUCCCAAUAACCCAUACUACUCAUCGUCCCAACAACAACAGCUUCACGCUGCACCUACAGAGAAAUAUCAACCACCACCAGGCCCGCCACCAAACCAAUCUUCGUCGAAGCCAGAGUACCAGGCUCCUCCAGGUCCACCUCCCGGACAGUCCUCCGGUUCUGGCUAUGCUCCGCCGCCCCGUCCACCACCAUCACAGUUCCCUCAACAGCCGCCGCCAAGCUUCGAAGCACCAGUACAACAUAACUGGCAGGUGAUCCCAGACACUGCACUACUCCCACCGCCACCGUCUAUCGGCUAUAAGAGCUCCCCGACUGCGAACUCAUCAGUGGAAGAAGGCGACCGCGCUUACGCUUGGUGCAACGCAAACCCUCUUUGGCCGCCCUACAACAUCGCACCAUCCACCCAUGCAGCUAUACAAAACGCGCAGCUCGCCCUUCUCAGAGCACCGAGCUUCACUGGCGAAAUUAUGCCACAGCCACAAGCUGGGCAUUGGAAGGUCCGAACACACGCCAACUGCCGCGACUCUAGCAUUUUGACAAACCUGCCCAUGUAUUCCGCUCUUGUAGACACGCCCUUGCGCACUCAGCAACCCAAGACGAUAUAUUUCGAGCUCAAAGUGACUGGCAUCGGCCGUGGCGGGCACUCUCUCGAGGAAGCCGAUGCAGGCAUCGCAGUGGGCUUCAUCGCACCGCCGUACCCUACCUUCCGGCUUCCUGGCUGGCAGCGUGGCAGUCUUGGCGUGCACGGUGAUGAUGGCAGGAAGUAUGUGAAUGACACGUGGGGAGGCGUAGAUUUCACCACUGCGUUCGCACCUGGCGAUACUGUGGGCAUUGGCAUGUCAUUCACGAUUCCAAAGAACCCGCCAAGCUAUGAAGCAGAGCAGAAGGGAAAGUUGAUGGACAUUGAGGUCUUCUUCACAAGAAACGCGAAGAAAGAGGGAGGGUGGGAUGGUAAUGAGUUGGAUGCAAGGAGUGAGGGAGGCACCAUGGGGCUGAGGGGUGAUUUCGAUCUGUUCCCAGCGAUCGGAGUCUUUGGCGGUGUGGAUUUCGAGGUUCUCUUCCAUCCUUCGCAGUGGCUCUACCGGCCGUUCUGAUGAGUCACUGAUAUGAGUACAACCUGGGGGAAGUCAGUACACUCAAAUUGGAUUGCGGCCUCUGAUGCACAUGCAAUCUUGAUACUUCCUGGGGGACGUCAAUACACCCAAGGUAUGAUUGUAGUUGUCAUUGUUUUCCUUCUGUAUCUAGACCACCCCUCAGCAUCAUUUCGGAUAUUGGGUACUCGACUGUCUCCAGAUGGACCGCAGGUCAGUUCUUCAUGAGAGCGAGACCCAGAGCCACGAGUGGAGAAUAAUAGAGUAGAUUGAAGCGACACACUG